AUGUCAGACAACGACGACUUCGCGGCCGGCGACGUCAUAUCGUCCCGCUCGCCCUCUCCAGAAUUCGCACCGACCAAGAAGGCUCCGGCGAAGCGCAAGUCCACCGGCGCCGCAGCAGGCGGGUCCAAGGCGAAGAAAGCGCGCACUUCUACCUCCACCGUCGACCCCUACGCGCAGACGCGCGAGCUUAUUGCCGCCGUCAUCGCCAAUCCAGCGGGAUACGGCGAGGACGUCGUGAGGCUGGCGCAGUACGCGCACGCGCUGCAGACGGGCGCAGUAUCUGCGCCCAAGCCGAAGAAGAACGCGGAACAGCUGGAGAAGGAUGUGGAGAAGAUUAAGACGGCUGCGUAUCGCGGUAUCAAGGCUCAGUUCAAGUGGAGGCCCUCGUGCAAGACGGGCGGCGCGCGCUGGAGCUACGACGGCUUCUGCCCCGACCCCGAAGUGUUCGCGCGCAUGAUGGGGCUCGAGGGCCCGCCGAAGUGGAAGCAGAAGAAGUUCGGCAAGGACGAGUUUGAGGACCGGAUCGGGCGGAUCGUCGGCUCGGCGCGGUACAACGAUAUGUAUAUUCUGGGGGACGUGAACGUGCGCUACAAUGGCGAGAGCGGGGAGUUCAAGAUGACCGGCAGCUAUGGCGUCCCCAGCGUCCCCAAAUACUGA